GGCAGCAGCAGUUAAAGGGACACCAGAAAAACCCUUCACUGAAAACUCCAAUAGAGUAAAGGCAAUAAAACCGAGCCAACUCUGCAGGACCAUUGCCCGAUCAGCGGUCAAAGUCAAAAAGAGAAGCAGAGGGAAGACGGAGCGCCAGUCCGUCUGCCCUCCUCAGCACCGCACAGAGGAGACAGGCAGGGGAGGAAAGAUUCCCCGCAACGCAGUGAGAGCCCCGGAUGAGGAGAAGAGGAGAGCGGAGGGCAUCGGAUAGCUAACAACGACUAUGGCAGCUCCAGACUUAUUGGAUCCAAAAUUAACCGCUUAUAACACAAAGCCUCGACUCUCCUUCUCCACAAAGACGAUCACACUGACUUCCCAGGAUGAAAGUCAGCAGGCAGUGGCCACAGUGAUGAAGUGGAAGACGGUCACGGCAAUCUUUCUCUUAGUGGUUCUGUAUCUGGUGAUAGGAGCAGUAGUCUUCAGAUCCCUGGAGCAGCCUCAUGAGAGUGCCCAGCGUUUGGCCAUCCUGUCCCAGAAGCUGGAGUUCCUGUCCCAACACUCCUGUGUCAACCAGAGCCAACUGGAGAAGCUGGUUCAGCAAGUUGUGGCUGCUGUCCGAUCUGGGGUGAGCCCUGCAGGAGCAUUGACCAAUCAGAGCAGCCUGUGGGACCUGUGUUCUGCUUUCUUCUUUGCUGGAACUGUCAUCACCACCAUUGGUUUUGGGAACAUCUCUCCCCACACAGAAGGAGGAAGAAUAUUCUGCAUCGUCUAUGCUCUGCUGGGAAUACCCCUGUUUGGUUUCCUCUUGGCGGGUGUAGGUGAUCAGCUCGGUACCAUCUUUGGAAAGGGAAUAGCUAGAGUGGAAAAAAUGUUUGUGAACUGGGCUAUCGGUCAGACCAAGAUCCGAGUCAUAUCCACGCUACUUUUUGUGCUGUUUGGCUGCCUGCUCUUCGUGGCACUCCCGGCAGCAAUCUUUAAACACAUCGAGGGCUGGUCUGCACUCGAGUCCCUGUACUUUGUGGUCAUCACCCUGACUACCAUUGGGUUUGGAGACUUUGUGGCAGGUGGGUCAGACAUAGAGUACCUGGACUAUUAUAAACCAUUGGUAUGGUUCUGGAUUCUGGUGGGGCUGGCCUACUUUGCUGCAAUCCUCAGCAUGAUAGGAGACUGGCUCAGAGCAAUCUCUAGGAGGACAAAAGAAGAGGUUGGAGAGAUCCGAGCACAUGCUGCAGAGUGGACAGCCAACGUCUCUGCAGAGUUUAAAGAAACCCGUCGCCGUGUGAGCGUCGAGAUUUACGACAAAUUCCAGCGAGCAGCAUCCAUCAAACGCAAACUGUCCUCAGAGCUGGGAUUCAGCUCGGCGCCUGAACUCACACUGCCCAAGAGGGCCAUGUCGAUUAACUUCAGCGAUGAACGGGAGAGGUACGAGAAGGAGGCUGGACUGCAGGGCCUGACCACUCCACUAACCAGAACUGGUGGGUCACUCAUGAACGGGCUGAAUCCAAGGAGAGGAGACGUUUCAGUGACUGAACCCUUCAAGUAGAAAAGGAUUCAUCCAAGGCUGGCCUGAAGAGCAAACAGGACAUGAGCUCAUAGAGAGUAGAUUUUACUGCAGACAACUCUCUGUUGUCUCCACCAUAAAAAGUAGCUGCGGAUUUGUGUUCAGCCAUUAGCCACACUUGAAGGAGAACCGGACCAAUGUUUAUGUUUAACCAUUAACACUUGAAAAAGCUUGAAUUUGUCACACAGUUCCUGUCUUGUCUAAAACACUUUAAUAUUUUUAGCAAUUGAAACAUUAGAUAUAAGCUUUAACCUGAAGAACUGUCUUUUCGCACAUCGCCUCAAAUGAAAACCUUUCUGACAAUUAAAAUCUGUAUUUUUAUUUGACUGUUUUAAUGAAUGAAUACUAUAUGUUCCUUGAACACGUUUGUGUGUAAUUUUGUUCAACUAAUUAUCAAGCCCUAGAACAUGCAAGUUAACUUCUGCAAGUUUGUCAGAUCAGCAAAUAUGUUUCUAAGAAAGGUAACCGUUAUUCUCUGUUUUAUCACAAGUUUGUAAUCUACUAAAACAAUUUUAGCUAAACAUUUAGUCUUUUUAAAAUAAACCUGAUCUUGAGUCACCCACCCAUAAAUCUUCCACCAAACUAUUUAAAUUUAGAGUAUAAAGAACCGUGGAUCUAUGAUCAACCUCGGGUAUGAAGAUUACCUUUACAGUGAGGUG